AGUAUCAGUAUCAGAGAGAGAGAUGGUUUUCAGUGAGAAAGAAGAAGCUCUGGUGAAGGAAUCAUGGGAGAUACUGAAGCAAGACAUCCCUCAGUACAGCCUUCGAUUGUUCAGCAGUAUUAUAGAGGUACAACCAGCUGCCAAGGAUAUGUUCUCCUUUCUAAGGGACUCUGAUGAGAUUCCUCAAAACAAUCCUAAGCUUAAAGCUCAUGCUGCUAAGGUUUUCAAGCUGACAUGUGAAUCAGCAAUUCAACUGAGGAAGAAGGGAGGGGCAGUGAUAGAUGAAACCACCCUCAAACAUUUGGGCUCUGUCCAUCUCAAGAAUGGAGUUCUUGAACCUCAUUUUCAGAUGGUGAAGGAAGCACUUCUAAGAACAAUUAAAGAAGCAGUUGGGGACAAAUGGAGUGAAGAUAUGGGUAGUGCUUGGGGUGAAGCUUAUGAUCAGUUGGCUGCAGCCAUUAAGGCUGAGAUGAAGAAAGAGCCUGCUAUUGCUCACAAGUCUUAGAUAUUCAUUACUUAAUAUAAUAAAAUGGUUUAUUUUGGACAGUUGUAAUAUAAUAAAAUGUUGAUCUAUAUUGUGUGUGAACUUUUUUUUAUAUGAUAUUUAUGUCUAUAUAUUUUGGAAGGGAUGUAAAAAUCUCUCAGACACCUGUUUGCUGUAAGUGACUUGAAUAAAUUUUAGUUUGGAUGAUGA